AUGGAUCUGGUAUUGAAACUGGCCUUUCCUUGCAGCGUCCGGCGUCGGCGCGGCGUCUCCCUCUGGUGGCCGGACGGCGCGGCUGCAUCGCCCACCUUGCGUCCCCCGGAGCGGCCAGAGGCUCGGAGGGCUCACCGCCCACCGUGCACCCCCCGGAGCGGCCUGCCGCACCUGCACCGGAUUGGGAUCGAGGACCAGCGGCAGUGGCUGCAGCCCCCGACUCGGUGUGCGAGGAGGGCUGGCUCCGUGUGCCCAGGCGUCAGGACGCGUCCAAUUCAGGAACAAGAGACCUGGCUCUUCAUCUAUCCUAGAGCCGUGAAGCCGGUGGCCUCUGCGCUUCCCCCGGCGCUGGGCACCUCGGUGUCCUCCUGCGCCUGGCACGGCUCACUGGCCUCUACUCCAGGCUCCUAG